GCAGGAGAGAAGUGACGUAUCAGGAAGUGAAACGCGAACAGAAGUAGAUGGCGGGAGAGCGGAAAUACGUUAAAACAGGCGAAAAACGACAAGCAGAGUGAAAGUAAACCUGUAAUGUGGAGGAAACGGACAGUGAGCGCAGUGUAACCGUGACAACGACACACGAGGACGGAUUUAAAGUGAUCAUAAAAUCGUCUCCAGACGGUCGUCGUUCGGUGACGAUAAUGGAUCUGUUUGCCAAAUGCCAUUAAGCUGUGAAGAACGAGAGGUGCUGUGGGUGUGUGGCCAUGGCUGCUGUUUGAUGAAGUGGACUGAACUUAAAGGAGAGACACAAAUUAAAGUACUGAUCCCGUCACAUUAGUGCGGAUUUGGUACCAAUACCACUGUCGGUAUCGCUUCUAUCGAUGCUUGUAUCGAUCCGCUCAGCCUGAGUUGAAGCAGCGAUGAGUUCAGCUCAGUAUCUGAGAGAGUUCAUCAAGGAGAGACUAACUGCUGUUUGUGAAGAAAUCUUCUCAGAGGUUCAAAAAACCAUCGUCCAGUAUGAGGAGGAGAUCAACCGUCAGCACAGACUGCUGGAUAUCAGCCGGAAACCCGACAGAAACUCACACAUCAUAGGCCUCCCACAACAGCAUGACUGUGAGGAAGAGGAGGGUCUGGAUGAGCAGCAGGUCUGUAACCAGCAGAGGAACUCCAGUCUGGACCAGGAGGACCCAGAGCCUCCACAGAUUAAAGAGGAACAGGAGGAGCUCUGCAGCAGUCAGGAGGGAGAGCAGCUUGGACUGAAGCAGACUGAAGGCAUUAUCGUCUGGACUGAUGAAGAGCAGCUCAGACUGCUGGGGACCAUCUGGAAACCUGAGAUAAACUUGCACAGAAAGGACCUCCGACACCAACACAUUUGUGAGAAGGAAGUUCUCACAGACCAGCAGGCCUGUAACCAGGAGAAGAACUCCAGUCUGGACCAGGAGGAUCCAGCGCCUUCACAUAUUAAAGAAGAACAGGAGGAACUCCGCAGCAGUCAGGAGGGAGAGCAGGUUGAACUGAAGCAAGAGACUGAUAUCUUCAUGGUGACUCGAUCUUAUGAGGAAAGUGACCACAGUGAACCAGAGUCAAACAAAGAGCAGCUCCUUUUUCACAGCUCUCCUGAAGCAGAGAGCCAAGAUCAUGAAGACAAGCAUGUGGACUCAGAAUCAAGUAAAAAUGCAGAGCUGAAGAAGAGGAAACACAGUCAGAGCUUGGACAACACCACUGUGUCGGAGAGUCAAAGUAAAUCUGACAAAGUGAAAAAGUAUGUACAAUGUGAAAUCUGUGGGAAAACCUUACAUACAUCUAAUCUGACUGCACAUUUAAGAGUUCAUACAGGUGAGAAACCACAUUGUUGCACCACUUGUGGCAAAGGAUUCAUUCAGAAAUCAAAUUUGAAGCGUCAUUUGAGAACACACACAGGUGAGAAGCCAUUUACUUGUAGCACCUGUGGGAAAAGUUUCGGUCUGAAACCAGAGUUGCAGCGCCAUCUAAGAAUUCACACAGGUGAAAAGCCACAUUGUUGUAACACUUGUGGGAAAAGAUUUACUGACCUGUCAGGGAUCAUAGCUCACAGGAGAGUCCACACAGGUGAGAAGCGGUAUUCUUGUAGUACUUGUGGGAAAAGAUUCAUUCAGAAAUCAGGAAUGAAAACUCAUGUAAGAAGUCACACAGGUGAGAAGCCGUAUUCGUGUAGCACGUGUGGGAGAAAAUUUAGUCAUAAAUCAACACUGCAAACUCACGUAAAACUUCACACGGGAGAGAAACCACAUUCUUGUAGCAUCUGUGGCAAAAGCUUUGUUCAAAAGCCACACUUAAGUAGGCACAUGAAAAUUCAUACUAGUGGCAGUAAUACACCUCUAAGCUGGUUUGCCAACUGCCAUCAAGCUCAGAAGAAGGAGAAGGAAGGAAGUGGAGGGCAAGUGUGGCUGUUUGAGUGGAGCGGAUCCCAACGUCGGCUUCACGUCAUCGAUGCUUGUAUCGAUCCGCUCAGCCUCAGCAGCGAUGAGUUCAGCUCAGUAUCUGAGAGAGUUCAUCAAGGAGAGAGACUAACUGCUGUUUGUGAAGAAAUCUUCUCAGAGGUUCAAAAAACCAUCGUCCAGUAUGAGGAGGAGAUCAACCGUCAGCACAGACUGCUGGAUAUCAGCCGGAAACCCGACAGAAACGCACACAUCAAAGACCCCCUACAACAACACAACUGUAAGGAAGAGGAGGACCCAGAGCCUCCACAGAUUUACAAGGAACAGGAGGAACUCUGCAGCAGUCAGCAGGGAGAGCAGCUUGGACUGCUGGAGACCAUCUGUGAACCUGAUAUAAUGUCACACAGAAUAGACCUCCAACAGCAGCAUGUUGGUGAGGAAGAGGAGGGUCUGGGUGAGGAAGAGGAGGGUCUGGAUGAGCAGCAGGUCUGUAACCAGGAGAGGAACUCCAGUCUGGACCAGGAGGACCCAGAGCCUCCACAGAUUAAAGAGGAACAGGAGGAGCUCUGCAGCAGUCAGGAGGGAGAGCAGCUUGGACUGAAGCAAGAGGCUGAUGCUUUAGCAGACAACACUGCUGCUUCAGAGAGUCAAACUGAAGCAAGGGAAAAGUCUCUACAGUGUGACACUUGUGGGAAAACGUUUCAGUAUAAAUGCUUACUGGCUGCACAUUUGACAGUCCACACAGGAGAGAAACGGUUUCCUUGUAGCAAAUGUGGCAAAAAAUUCAGUCAGCUGACACGCUUGAAAAAUCACAUGAGAAUUCACACAGGUGAGAAGUCGUAUCCUUGUAGCACCUGUGGAAAAGAAUUCAGUAAAAAAUCAGCUCUAAAAUCUCACGUGAGAGUUCACACAGGCGAGAAGCACCAUUGUUGUAGCAUCUGUGGGGAAAGUUUCAUCUGGAGUAUGCAGUUAAUACGGCACAGGAGAAUUCACACAGGUGAGAAGCCAUAUUUUUGUGGUACCUGUGAGAAGAGAUUCAUUCGGAAGAUACAGUUAAAGGAUCACAUGAGAAUUCACACUGGCGAGUGUCCGUACUCGUGUAACAGCUGUGGGGAAAAGUUUAUUGACCUAUCAGCAUUGAAAGCUCACGUGAGAAUUCACACAGAUGAGAAGUCGUAUCCUUGUAGCACCUGUGGAAAAGAAUUCAGUAAAAAAUCAGCUCUAAAAUCUCACGCGAGAGUUCACACAGGCGAGAAGCACCAUUGUUGUAGCAUCUGUGGGGAAAGUUUCAUCUGGAAUAUGCAGUUAAUACGGCACAGGAGAAUUCACACUGAUUAACUGUUUCAUGCUUAGAGAAUAUGGGGACAGCUGCGAGUUAUAACAGUGUGCUGGUGGUAGAGCCGACACAGAGGAGCAGCCUUUUGCAGGAGUCUGCUCCUGUUGUGUAGACUUGUUCAGUUGUUUAUUAUCCAGGGAUCGAGUUCUGUUAUUGUUCUACUGAAGCCUCGUCUUUUUCUUUUUUAAUCAAAGCAAGAGUAACCAAAGCUGAGUGUGUUCAUUCAGGUUUUUAAGUCUCAGACAAACAUCUGGUUUUAGUUUUUAUAUAUACUUGAAUAAAUUGUCUCACAGUCACACAGUGUAAUGAUUUUCAGGCAUGGUACUUGGACUUUGCUGUUGUUGUUGUUGUUUUUUAAUAUAAAAAAAUCCAGCUGUGUCUGCUAAAUGCAGAAUAAACUAAACUAAAUAAAGAUUACCUUCAAA